CACUUCCCCAAUCAAAGUUCGUAUCAUGGCAAUUACGAUUAUCUAGCUUGUUGAUUGCGAGUCUCGAGCGAGUAUUGAGAUUCGGUGAAGGGAGCAGACCAAAAGAUCUGUUUGUAUUCAAUCUACGAGAUUGUGCUGUACUCCAGGAAGUAACAAUUCUUUGAAAACAUUAGCAAACACGACUUGCAGAACAAAAACACUUCAAAGUAUCGUCCUCCCAAAAUCACAUUUCUAGAGCCUCUUUCCAAUCUUGAGAUGCCAAUCCUAUCCUACUCAAGCUUCUUACAUAAGGCAGGGAUUGGAAGAGUCUACCGCCUAGUUGUACCCACUUUCAAGCUCCGCCCUCCUCGCAUUCUAUGCGAGCCCUUCCGAAUGCGAGAAAGCGAGAAAGCGAUGUACGAGUGCGCCAAUGCGUCUCCAAUGAAGAGCUUCUCAGUACGAAGAUGUGACUUUUCAUCUACUUUGCAUUUAUCCAAAAAAAUCACGUAUUAUAUAGCUCUCUUCCUGUUUUCAAAAUGGAGCAUUCUAUUCCAUCUCAUUCCCAUCUUCAAGCUUCUUUCUAUCCUCUUGAAAGACCACAAACAAACCAUUCAAAAUCUCGAGUUCCGAUAUAUUCCUCUCCCUCCUGUCCCCCGAGCUUCGAAUUGAUAUUUAACGAUUAGACGAACGUGAUACACCCAUCACACACCAAUCAUCAUGUCGGUCAAUGGAGAAAAAUAUAUGCUCUAUCACUAUGAGCCAUCAACAGCCGCGGCUUGCGUUUUCGUAGUCCUAUUUGGCAUCUCAGCCAUCCUCCACAUCUACCAAUUAAUUUCCAAGCGAACAUGGUAUUUCAUUCCCUUCGUUAUCGGAGGUUUAUUUGAAGCCAUUGGUUACGUCGGGCGUCUCCUAUCCUCUCGCGAGGACUACGGUGAUUGGACACUCGGACCCUACAUCAUGCAAACACUUCUCAUCCUCAUCGCCCCCGCCUUUUUCGCAGCAUCCAUCUACAUGGUCCUCGGACGUAUCAUCGUGCUCACCGACGGCGAAAACUAUUCCAUCAUUCGCGCGCGCUGGCUCACCAAAAUAUUCGUCGCCGGCGAUGUUCUUUCUUUCCUGAUGCAAUCCAGUGGUGGUGGAAUGCUCGCUAAAGCCAGUACCCCUUCAAACGUCAAGUUGGGAGAAAAUAUUAUCACGGGUGGUCUCGUCGUCCAAGUUGUUUUCUUCGCUUUCUUCAUCGUCACGACCGGCAUUUUCCACAUGAGAAUCGUAAAAGCACAAGGCGGACUUCAUGCUUCUGCCGUACCAUGGCAACAAUAUCUAUACAUUCUUUACGUCGCCAGUACUUUUAUCAUGAUUCGAUCGAUAUUCCGUAUCGCAGAGUAUGUACAAGGAUCUGAUGGUACUCUUUUGUCGACCGAAACCUACAUCUACGUCUUUGACGCUUCGCUUAUGUUCUUGGUUAUGGUAAUUUUCAACGUGAGACAUCCAAGUGCCAUUAUCCAAGGAAAGGGACAACAAUAUUCGACUCCAGUUGCGACAGGAAGCAGAGAUGGAUAUCCGAUGGAUGAUAGAGUUCCAUCUGCGACCAAGUACCAAGGUCAUGGCUAUGCGAGAGAAUCCGUCUAGAUCGGCAUAGAAUGGAAUGAUGAAGGGAGGGUAUUACUAGCAUCUGGGACUACACGGGAUAAUGAAGGGAGGACAUGAGUAACAUUUCUGUUCAGAAGGCAAAAAUGUUACGGGAGAGGUUUCUCAAUCUAAUACCAUAUGCGUGGGACUGCCAACUACGGUCGGCAAGGGUGGUUUUCUUUUUCGUUUUUACAGCUUUUUCUACAGCAAGGCGUUUCAGCAUGGGAUCCAUAGAGGAUGUAAAAGUAUAGCAUGCGACUUACAUACUAUUAUUAGAAUAUAUGAUUAAUGACAA